AAAUGUGGCAACUUUUGCAAAUGUCAAGCGUUCGAGCAACUCAAAUUUUGACAUUUCUUGCGCGCAAAAGUGACAAAAUCGGCAUCAGCGAAAUUCAUGAUGAAAAAUAUGAGCCCGGAGCUAAGUCGCAAUUUCACCAAGCAACAACUCGACAAAUCGACAUCAGCGAAAUUCAUCAUGGAAGAUAUGAGCCCGAAGCUAAGCCACAAUUUCACCAAGCUCCUAGUGAGAAGCCGGCUCGAAAUGGAGCACGAAUUUUCUGCGGGGAAACGUAAAAAGUCAGUUUUAUGGGCAAAAGUGGUCAACAAAAUGAGUAUGGUUAAUGCGGAUGUUCCAAAAUCGAAGGACCUAAUGCAAAGAAAGUUUUUGAAUUUAUUUGCGACAUACAAACGUAUAAAGAGGCGAAAUGAGCAGACUGGGAGAGAGGCAACAAGCUGGGAGUUUUUUGAAGAGUUCGACGAUGUGUACGGUAGGCGGCAUUCCAUUCAACCGCCAGCCAAAAACCUUCAAGGCUCCUUAAUGGAUAGCGCUGAAGUGUGUGAAGGGAGUGGAGACGAUAAUACUGACUACUCUUCCGAAAGUCAACUCGUAAACGAACGACGAAAGCGUCCAAAGACUGCCGCCAACGAAGCAUUGGAAUUUUUAAAGAAUGAGGCUCUAAAAGAACAAACACGUCAUGAAGAAGUGCUACAAUUCGAAAAAGAAAAAUUGAAUUUUGAAAAAGAAAAAAUAAACGUAAUGAUGAAGUUGCGGGAAACUUUAGAAAAGUUAACCGAAAAGUAAAAAAAAAAAAUUUGA